AUGCCUUCACAAGUUGCUACGUGCCUGCGCCUUGCGCGGCAAUUUUCUGCAGACCCGAGCAAGCAUCAACGAUUCCUUGCGCGUGCAUUCUCCAGCAGCGUCCGCCGCUCCGAGAUCAACAAGGUUGUGUCUUCUGCGGAAUUAGCAAUCAAGGACUUGAAGCCCAACUCGACCGUUCUGGCAGGCGGUUUCGGUCUUUCUGGUGUACCGGAUACUCUCAUCAAUGCUGUGCGAGCGAACCCUUCUAUCACCGGGUUGACGGUGGUCAGCAACAACGCUGGCGUGGAUGGAGCGGGUCUUGGCCUUCUUCUCGAAUCCAAGCAGAUCUCGAAGAUGAUUGCCAGCUAUGUGGGCGAGAACAAGACCUUCGAGCGCAUGUACUUAACUGGUGAGAUUGAGUUAGAGUUGACACCACAGGGCACCUUGGCUGAGCGUUGUCGGUCGGGCGGUCAUGGAAUCCCUGCUUUCUACACACCUGCCGCUUUUGGUACGGUUGUGCAGACAGGUGAGCUGCCUUUGAAGCACAACGCCGAUGGCACCGUCGCUCUGCGGAGCAAGCCCCGCGAUGUCAAGGUCUUUGAUGGCAAGAGCUAUGUCAUGGAGGAGUCUAUCAAGGGUGACUAUGCCUUUGUUAAGGCUUACAAAGCCGAUAAGUUGGGCAACUGCCAGUUCCGUUAUGCUGCUCAGAACUUCAACGGGGCCAUGGGCCGCAAUGCUAAGAUGACAAUCGUUGAGGCGGAGCACAUUGUCGAGCCUGGUGAGAUUGAACCGGCUGCUAUUCAUCUGCCCGGUAUCUACGUCAAGCGUGUUAUUCAGAGCACGACACCAAAGAAUAUCGAGAAGUACACCUUUGCCAAGGAGGAGGGUGAGGACACUGCUGCCCUGGGCAAGGGUGACACCGCCGCCAAGCGUGAACGUAUUGUCCGCCGUGCGGCUAAGGAAUUCAAGAACGGGAUGUACGCAAACCUGGGUAUUGGUAUGCCCAUGCUGGCGCCCAACUUCGUUGAUCCUUCCGUGGAAGUCCAGCUCCAGUCUGAAAACGGUAUUCUGGGAUUGGGCCCCUACCCUAAGAAGGGCCAGGAAGACCCGGAUCUUAUCAACGCCGGAAAAGAGACGGUUACGCUUGCGCCCGGUGCGGCUUGCUUUGGUAGUGACGAGUCUUUCGGCAUGAUCCGUUCAGGAAGAAUCGACUUGACUAUUCUGGGCGCCAUGCAGGUGAGCGCCAGAGGUGACUUGGCUAACUGGAUGUUGCCCGGUAAGAUCAAGGGCUUUGGCGGUGCUAUGGAUCUGGUUUCCAACCCCUCCGCUACAAAGGUGGUUGUGACUAUGGAGCACACUGACAAGAAGGGCAACCCUAAGAUCGUCAAGCAGUGCGAGUUCCCAUUGACCGGCAAGACUUGUGUCAGCCGUAUCAUCACUGAACUCUGUGUCUUUGACGUUGACUUCACUGACGGUCUUACCCUGGUUGAGCUUGCCGACGGUGUCACUGUUGAUGAAGUCCGGAGCAAGACAGAAGCUCCGUUCAAGGUUGCUGAUGAUGUGAAGCCCAUGCUGUAA